CCAGAAUGUCGGCUACGUCAUUGACAGCAGUCACGCGAAUGAUGACAUCACGAAAACAGUCUUACAGAGUACGGGUGAAAAACCUGCCGUCUUUUUAAACAGUAAACUCAACAAGGAUUCUCAACUUCAGAAAGAAACGACUCAAGCAGCCGCGGCCAUCACUGAAAUAUUGUCGUCCUUGGAAGAGACGCGAGUAGUCAUUGUCUAUGAGGAUACGUCACGGUACCAAAACGACGCCCAUAGAAUGUUGGCGUUGUUUCGUCGUGAGGGUUUGUGCACCGUGGCGUUGCUUGGACUCAACGCGUCUGACACUUGGACGUUGGAACCAACUUUGGCCAGCCACGCUGGACUUCCAGCAGUCCUCAUCUCCAGCAAGAUUACAGCCAGCGAUUUGUUCAAGAUGAGAAAAAAACAGAUUUCACAUUUUUGGAUUAUUCCAGUACUCGCCGAUGAAACCUGGACGGUCAGCGGAGAACUGUUUUAUCCCAUGGGAUCGAUUAUUAUUGAUUGGGAAUCGAAGUCGGACAGAGGCUUCCAAUCGUUUCUACGAGAGGAUUCAUUUCCCCACAAGACGAAGCCGGCGUGGUAUCGAGAUCUCUGGGGAAUGCAGAAUUCUUGUUUCUCUAAAAACGAUACCAUUCAUGAACCGACGAGGAAUCGUGAAUGUUCUACACACUCGAUUCCAGCUGAUAUCGAAGACAUUUCAUCCGAUAUUUCCAACGUCAUCAUAUCCGUAGACGCCAUUCUGCACGCGCUCCACGGUCAGUAUACGAAGAGCUGUCCACAAGCAAGCGGCAUCUGCCAAAAGUUUGCAGAGGACAUUGUCAGUUGGCGGCUGUCACGUAUGGGCAACCUGACAUUCUUGUAUCAGGGGCAACAACUUGAAUAUGUCAAUGAAGGGGAGAUUAUUUCUACGCUGUCUGUCUUCAACAUACAAAAGAGUGGAGCUAUUGAGGUAAGAAAUGUUGCUACAAUACGAUUGAUACUAAAUAUGCGAUGACCUAAAUUUAAUUGAACUAUUUUUCAUGGAAUAUUUAUCUAUUUUGUGCCCAGAGAAAUGUUAAAAAUAGUAUCCAAUUUAACUUUCUUUUUCAUGUAACUGUCGGCCAUGUAACUUCCUUUUACAAUGUAAAUAUGUUCCCACUUGCCGUAUUAUCUGUGUCCAUUAAAGAUUAAAAUGAUUUGAUUGAAUUCUUUCAGAUUGGCAGAUAUUUUAAAGGACACUUAACUCUUAACAAGACGAAACAUCACUUCCCUCCAAGUUACGUCCCUUCACCCGACUGUGGCUCCUCCUCGUGCAGCUGCAUCGACGUGAUCACAGACAACCGAUCGACACCGGGUGACCCCGAUGCGGCUCUGUACGCGAGCAGUCAGGGGGAGAUCAUCUAUGAAAUUUGGACGAUCUCCGUCUUCUGCGCCGCUGCAUCUGGCGCACUGGUGUCCUUCUCGUUCUCCAUAUACGUCAUGUACAAAAUCUGCAUCGGUGCCCUGGGCAGGCAUUACAUCGGCCUUGGCCUGACCUUGUUGUUUGCCCUGAUGUCAUUGUACUCGUCCGUCCUGCCUUACAUGUUCACCCCGAGUGAGGCCGUCUGCAGCCUCCGAUACUUCUGGCCCGGGGCCGCCUACGCAUUUUGUUUCGCGGUUAUAUUCGUUAAACUGAUGACUCUCCAAAACUACAAGCUCAUCGGGCUGGGAGGGGAGGUGUCUGGGAUAAACCAGUUCGCCUCGGUUUUUUUCGUGACGAUUGUCCAAGUGGCCAGCAGUGUGCAGUGGUGGAUCUAUCACACCCCGUCGGUCCGCGCCACAACACACCAAUCCGGGAUUGUGAAAUUCGCCUGCAACUUCAACAAAUCGGAAUUUUCGCUGUAUCUCAUGUAUGUGAUGUUUCUCAUGCUGCUGUGUGCGGUCUACGGCAUAGGGGUACGAAACGAAAAGAAGAACACGGGCGAAGCCAAACUUCUGAUGACCACGAGCUGGGUCUGCUCGGCAGUCUGGGUCGCGUGGCUCCUCUGCCUUUUUCAGAUGGACCGGAAAUGGUCUGACGCCAUCAUCUGCGCGGGCAUCGUGACAAGCGCGACGGUCGUCCUGCUGGUCGUGUUCCUCCCCAAGCUGCGGAUGGUGUCUCGCCUAAAGUAUGAUCUGUCUCAGAAAACGCACCCACGUAAUGGUUGUAGUGUAGAUACAGAUUUCCUUUACGAGAGACCCCAUUCCCUGCCCGGUACCUUAACCAGCACUUUCUCCUCAGGGAAGAUGAACUAUCCAAAGUCUUUGACAAAUUUUGAUGCUGAAGUGAACAGUGCCAUUACUUAG